CGGGGCGCCGCCAACAGCGGCGGGUGCUGGAAGGAGACAAGGCACGGCAAGACCUUCUCCGCCUGCAAGGGCUCCGGGUCGCUCAGCGGCUGCGAGUGCUCGCCGGGGUUCAAGGGCGACGGCCUCACCUGCGAAGACGUGGACGAGUGCAGCGAGAAGGUGGCGUGCACCUGCCCGGGCUGCUCCUGCAAGAACAACUGGGGCGGGUACCACUGCAGCUGCGGCGGCGGCGGCAACCAGGUGUACAUCCAGGCCGAGGACACCUGCGUGGGGAAGAGCGCGGCGGCGAUGGGGUGGAUGGUGACGGCGCUGGUGCUGUCGUGCCUCGCCGGCGCCGGGCUCGCCGGGUUCGCCUUCUACAAGUACAGGCUCAGGCGGUACAUGGACUCGGAGGUGGCGGCGAUCAUGUCGCAGUACAUGCCUCUGGAGAGCCAGAGCAGCAGCGGCGAGAACCGGCCGCUGAGGGAGGAGGCCGUGGAAGCAGCAUAGAUAGCCAGGCAGCUGUAAGAUUUCAAGGUAGAAUUCAAACAAAUGGUGAAUACCAUGUGGCGCACAUGAAAGAGGUUGCUUAUAGCUUUACCUGACAGGACAGAGGCAGGAGCUCUUGCAUUUUCCUACUUGUUGCCUUUGUAGACAACUGUGCCAGAUAGAUCUCGAUACGGUUUGCACAUAGCAGCUAUGAAUCUGCACAUUGCUGUACAAAAUUUGAGAUAAAGAUGUUCACUGCAGGCUGGACAAGAAUAGCUGCUGCUGGUACAGAUUUGUUAUAGAGCUGAACAAGCAGAACACCAGGCCAUUUUCUGAUUUUGUGGCAUCAA